AUGGAAGCUGAAGAAGAAGGGGCAAAAAAACUGUCGGAAGUAAACUUUGAAAACUUACCUCCCAACUACCAUAAUGAGUCCAACACGGAAACCAGAAUCGGUAAUAAAACAGUUCAGACUCAUCAAGAAAUUGAUAAGGUUACAGAUAACAAAACUGGAUCAACAGUUUUCUCUGAGACAGUUAUUACAUCUAUAAAAGAUGGAGCAAACAAAAGAAAUCAUGAGUGUAUCAUUGAUGAAGACUGUGAAACAGGGAAAUAUUGCCAGUUCUCCACCUUUGAAUACAAAUGUCAGCCCUGUAAAACCCAGCAUACACACUGUUCACGGGAUGUUGAAUGCUGUGGAGACCAGCUUUGCGUUUGGGGUGAGUGCAGGAAAUCCACUUCAAAAGGAGAGAACGGCACCAUUUGUGAGAACCAACAUGACUGCAACCCUGGAAUGUGCUGUGCUUUUCAGAAAG